AUGGGCUCUUGCAAUAGGGUUGGCCCUUGGAUUGUGGGCUUUGGUGGCUUUGAUUGGAUUUGGCUUGUGGAAGAAGAGAAGAGGAAAGAAGAGGAAAAUUCUGGUUUUGAUAUGCCCAUGAAUGAUGAAUUUGAGAGGGGUAGUGGACCGAAGUUCACCUACAAUCAGCUAUCUCGGUCAACUAAUAAUUUUGCAGAAGAAUACAAGCUAGGAGAGGGUGGCUUUGGAGGGGUCUAUAAAGGCUUCUUAAGGGAACUUAACUCCUAUGUAGCUGUGAAGAGGAUCUCAAAAGGGUCAAAGCAAGGGAUCAAGGAGUACGCAUCAACAGUAAAGAUCAUCAGUCGCCUAAGGCACAGGAACUUGGUGCAACUCAUUGGGUGGUGCCAGGAAAACUCCUCCUUGUCUAUGAGUUCAUGGAAAAUGUAA